GUGACUUUAUAAAUGAUUGUCCUCAUUUUUCUUCUUCCCACAUUCUCCAUCCUCUCUUCUCACUCAAAAUACACACAACACCACCACAAACUACACACACUAAACCAGCAAGCAUGGUGCUAUCGCGGAUGAUAUCGGACAGCGAUGCCUCUGUAUCCUCAACCUUCGCUUCUCGAUACGUCCGCACUAGUCUCCCAAAGUUUAAGAUGGCGGAGGACUCGAUCCCUAAGGAGGCUGCGUUCCAGAUCAUCAAUGAUGAGUUGAUGUUGGACGGAAAUCCGAGGCUGAAUCUAGCUUCGUUCGUGACAACGUGGAUGGAACCCGAAUGCGAUAAGCUGAUCAUGUCUUCGAUUAAUAAGAAUUACGUUGAUAUGGAUGAGUAUCCAGUCACCACUGAACUCCAGAACCGUUGCGUUAACAUGAUAGCUCAUCUUUUCAACGCACCGCUUGGGGAGGCCGAGACCGCUGUCGGGGUUGGAACUGUGGGCUCAUCCGAAGCCAUCAUGUUGGCCGGACUAGCUUUCAAAAGAAAAUGGCAAAACAAAAUGAAAGCUCUUGGCAAACCUUGGGACAAACCUAACAUUGUAACCGGGGCCAACGUUCAGGUUUGUUGGGAGAAAUUUGCUCGGUAUUUUGAAGUGGAGUUGAAGGAAGUGAAGUUGAGGGAAGGUUACUACGUGAUGGAUCCUGAGAAAGCUGUGGAGAUGGUUGAUGAAAACACUAUUUGUGUGGCUGCUAUCUUGGGUUCCACCCUCAAUGGUGAAUUUGAAGAUGUUAAGCGUUUAAAUGACCUCUUGAUUGAGAAAAAUGCCAAGACCGGAUGGGAUACACCUAUUCAUGUGGACGCUGCAAGUGGAGGUUUUAUUGCACCAUUUAUUUACCCGGAACUUGAAUGGGAUUUCCGGUUGCCAUUGGUUAAGAGUAUAAAUGUUAGUGGUCACAAAUAUGGGCUUGUUUACGCCGGAAUUGGGUGGGUCAUUUGGAGGAACAAAGAUGACUUGCCUGAUGAACUCAUCUUUCACAUCAACUAUCUUGGUGCUGAUCAACCAACUUUCACUCUCAACUUCUCCAAAGGUUCUAGUCAAAUAAUUGCUCAAUACUAUCAGUUCAUUCGCUUGGGUUUCGAGGGAUACAAGAGCAUCAUGGAAAACUGUCAAGAAAAUGCAAAUGUUCUAAAGAAAGGUUUGGAGAAAACCGGACGGUUCAACAUCAUCUCUAAAGACAACGGCGUCCCACUUGUAGCCUUCUCGUUAAAAGACAACAGUGUGCACGACGAGUUUGAGAUAUCAGACAUGUUGAGGCGGUUCGGGUGGAUUGUGCCAGCUUACACAAUGCCACCUGAUGCACAACAUAUUACGGUUUUGAGAGUGGUGAUAAGGGAAGACUUUUCAAGGACAUUGGCAGACCGGCUCGUGAAUGACAUCGGGAAGGUGCUUCAUGAGCUCGACACGUUGCCGGCGAAGGUGACUGCUAAGACAGAGUUAUGUGAAGAGAAGGGAAUAGAGAAUAAAACCGACCUUGAUGUCCAAAGGAAGAUUGCAGAUGACUGGAAGAAGUUUGUAGCUAAUAAGAAGAAAAGCAACGGUGUGUGUUAGAUUUGGUUAAUACUAUUGUUAAGUGUUGUGUUGUUUUCGAGAAUUUUAAUAAAGGAUUUUGAGUGUUGUUGUAUUUGUAUGAAAUCGAACGAUGUGUUAUUUUCUGUGUUAUUUUGUGUGUGGAUUUCAUGGAUAUGUACGCUUUGUGGUUCAAGUAAAAUUACAAUAUCCUUGAUAUC